UCCAAAUUCCCUUCAUUCCUAUAUCCUUUUCUUGCUUUUUGUUGUUGUUGCAAAUCUUUCAAAAACAUUCAAGAUGAAUGAUCUGAUGACUAAAUCUUUCACAAGCUAUGUUGAUCUAAAGAAAGCAGCCAUGAAAGAUGUCGAAGCUGGACCCGAUUUAGAAAUGGGGAUAACCAAAAUGGAUCAAAACCUCACUGCUUUCCUAGAAGAAGCUGAAAAGGUGAAACUAGAAAUGAACUCAAUCAAAGACAUUCUUCGUCGUUUACAAGACACAAACGAAGAAAGCAAGUCCUUACACAAACCUGAAGCUCUAAAAUCAAUGCGAAAUCGCAUAAACUCAGAUAUUCUAGCUGUGUUGAAGAAGGCAAGGGCUAUUAGGUCUCAGUUAGAAGAAAUGGACAGGUCUAAUGCUACAAACCGGCGUCUUUCUGGUUGUAAAGAAGGGACGCCAGUUGAUAGGACUAGGUCAGCUGUUACUAAUGGGCUUAGGAAAAAGCUUAAGGAAUUAAUGAUGGAUUUUCAGGGAUUAAGGCAAAGGAUGAUGACUGAGUAUAAAGAGACUGUUGGGAGACGGUAUUUUACUGUUACUGGUGAACAACCUGAUGAAGAAGUUAUUGACAAGAUUAUUUCUAGUGGUAAUGGUCAAGGUGGUGAAGAAUUUAUGUCUAAAGCUAUUCAGGAGCAUGGGAGGGGGAAGGUGUUGGAAACAGUGGUAGAGAUACAGGACCGUCACGAUGCAGCGAAGGAGAUAGAAAGAAGCUUGCUUGAGCUGCACCAGAUAUUCUUGGAUAUGGCAGUCAUGGUUGAGGCACAAGGUGAGAAAAUGGAUGACAUUGAGCACCAUGUUGUAAAUGCUGCCCAUUAUGUUAAUGAUGGAGCCAAGAACCUCAAGACUGCAAAAAAAUACCAGAAGAGCAGCAGGAAAUGCAUGAUCAUUGCUAUCAUACUUCUCCUGAUUCUCAUCCUGGUAGUCGUCAUUCCCAUUGCCACCAGCUUCGGUCAUUCUUGAAGGCCCCACCAGCUUCGGUCAUUCUUUAUAUUCUUUUUAGCAGUUACUUUGAUCACUCUCUUGAGAAUCUGUAUGGUUUCGUAGAAGGUUGUUAUCCUGUAUGUCACUAGUCCUUGUGAUAGGACUUAAAGUGGCAUGAACCUUAAUAGAUUUGUUGUUUUGAAAACACAUCUUCUCUUUUCUGAA